UAUUUCAGACUCUGUCGGUCUCGAUGCUGUUGCGCUAUUCGCACCAUCAGAUUUUUGUCUUCAUUGUUGACCUGUUACAGAUGCUGGAAAUGAACAUGACAAUCGCAUUCCCUGCAGCCCCCCUCCUCACCGUCAUUCUGGCUCUAGUAGGUAUGGAGGCCAUCAUGUCCGAGUUCUUCAAUGACACCACCACGGCGUUUUACAUCAUCCUUAUUGUGUGGCUGGCUGACCAAUACGACGCUAUCUGUUGCCACACCAAUACAAGCAAGAGGCAUUGGCUCAGGUAAGCGCCGGCUGGGACCUUGUUCCCGUGUUGUGCGUU